GUCGGCCAAAAUCUCCGGGGAGAAAGAAAAAAUUUUCGUCUAAAUAUUGAGUAUGUUUCGGCUAAUCCAACUGGUUAUCUCCAUUUGGCGCAUUUUCGCCAUGCGGUAGUUGGGGCCGACCAUCACGGAACUACUGCUCGCUUAAAAAGUGCUUAUCAAUUAUUAGGCCACAACCCUGAGUACUUGCAAAUAAUCUUAGUGCAAACGGUCAAUUUACUUACCAAAGAUGGUCCGACUCGAUUUUCCAAACGAGCAGGCAAUACUAUUGAAUUAGCCGAGGCCCUGAAAUAUUUACAAUUAGACCAAUUAAAAUUUUUUUUGUGUGAAAAAGACCCCAACCAGCCCCUUUCUAUCAAUACCGAAUUACUGAAAGAAAACCAAGAAAAAACCCGCCUUUAUUAUAUUCAAUACGCUCAUGCUCGCUGUCACCAGAUAUUCCAAAAAGCCCAACAAAAAAACAUUGACCGAAUUGGUUCCAGCAUUGAUUUAUUAACCGACCAGGCCGAAAGAA